AUGACUGAGAGUGCGUAUCUAAAGAGCAGCGUGGGGCCUGUGCUCGCCAAUGCGGUGGCCGAGACUGUCCUGGCGCAGCCCAGUAACCCGCAGGAGUAUCUCGCACUGUACCUCCUACAUGUACUACAAGAGGAGGAACGCCGCGAUGCCGCUGCCGCGCUCAAGACGAAGGCUGAGGUGCAGCGACAGAUGUGGGCGAGCGAACGCGCAUUGCGUGAAAAGCGUGCUGCUGACACCAUUCAGCGCUUUUAUCGUCAGUGCAAGCGUGCCAUACAACUGCGGCGAGAGUCGGAGGAGGCGCUGUGGACCACGUACCAAGAGGCCGAAGAGGAGGCGGAACAACUCCUCGACGAGGAAGAGGUGGCCGACGCUGCCAGUAGAGCAGGGGGUGCAGCACGUGACUUGGAGGACACCGGUGGUACGGCUGAUGUCGAAGGAGGCGAUGAAGCUAAUGGGGGAGUCCCAAUCGAGGACGCUGCUGCUGCUGUGGAGGAAACACGCCGUGACUUCUACAAGGCGCAGCGUUUCAUGCUACACAUACGCAAGGCUCUGAUCGGGACGUUGAAGAAGGAGCUUCUGGAUCAGCGUGGGAAGGUGCGAGUGGAGCAAGACCGCAUGUAUGAUCUGCUUGACAGGGCUGAAGCGGAAGUACGCGAGAAGGAGGAGGCGGAGUUUGUUGCCUCUGCCACUGCAGGGGCGCUCCCGAGUUCGGCAGCAGCCGCAGAACUUGCAGAGAAAAGUGCGGUGCCGCGCCAUGAACAUAUCCCCGCUGCAAUGAUUAUGUACCGCGUGCUGCGCUGCUGGUGCUACAUUUUCUUUGACAGUACACCGAAGCAGACCGACACUCCAGCGAAGGUGUCGGCACUUGUGAAGCCCUUCACGUUUAUGCAGCUGCUCCGGGCCUUUAACCCUGUUGCGACGUACCAUCGUAAUAGACCACUGCGACUAGAAAACGUGGGCAAGCAAGAUGAAGAGGAAGGUGGUGCGGAUGACCUGUUACAGGAGAGUGGUGGGGAACCACUGCAGCAGCCGAAGCCGCGUCAGGCACGUCGUGUGAGCCGUAUACUACGUGUGCUGAUGCAUGACGGUGAGUAUGUAAGUACUGUAAACCCUGCAGACUACAUUGAUGCCGACGAAGAAGUUGAAAAUGAAGAAUCUGCAGCGUCUGCACGCGGAGCGGAACUGGCCUCCCUCGUGGAGGCUGCGGCAAAGAAUCACAGUGUCAUGCUGUACGCCUUGUUACGCUUGCUACGCACCGCCAGCGCCUACCGUGACGCACGUGACCACUGGGUGACGUUGCUGCAGCAGAACGGCCACGACGCACCGUCCAGUGAAGAGAUGCCAGAGGACGAUGAAACAGAUCCGAAUAACGAGGAAGGUCUGCGGGAUGAUGACGGCGAGGUGGACGAAGCUGCCGUUCGGCGCCUGUUGAUCACCAUCGGCACUGAUACGGAUGAAGCACUUGCGAAAUUGUGGGCCAAUCAAGACGAUGUGGAGCGCAAGAAGUGGCAGGCAAUGGCGGCGGCGAGAUAUAGAGAAGAGGAAGAAGAAACCGCAACGAACGAGGACGGUGAGGAGGAUGGAGGUGAUGUGGAGUGA